AUGGCUAGUUCAAAUCAAUCGGAUAUUUACCAAACUAAUCAAAGUCAACUAUCUAAUAUUACAAAUCAAUCGGAUAUUCGUCAAACUACCGAAAGUCAACUAGAUAUCGGAAAGAUUUUAACAUUCCCCAUAGAUCAUUGGCGCAUUUUGUUAAUACUCUUUGGAGUUUCUUUGAUAAAUAAUCAAAUCAUAGCAGUGUUGAAGAUUUGUUUCAAGUUUACACUUAAAAAAUGGUGCUUAUCUAAACGGAAAACACUUCGUAAAGCUGGUGAAUGGGCAGUUGUCACUGGUGCAUCGUCAGGUAUUGGUGAAGCAUAUGCAGAAGAACUAGCCAAAGAAGGUCUCAAUAUCAUGCUUAUCAGUUAUGAUGAAGAACAACUAUCAGACGUUUCUAAUCGCAUAGCAAAUACCUACAAUGUUCAAACGCGAAUUGUGGUUGCAGAUUUUACUAAAGAUGAUGUUUAUUUGAUAAUAAGACCUGCUGUUGACCAAUUGUCUACAAUAGCUUGUUUAGUGAAUAAUGUUGGUAUGGCGUUACCCUUUGAAUUGUUUGCUGGAGAAGUUGAUUCCCCGAAUGAAGAAUCAAUUAGAAAUAUCAUUCAUUGUAACAUUAUGUCUACAGUAACAAUGACAAACAUCAUUCUGCCGAAAAUGUUAACACAGAAAGGACCUAAUCCUGGUAUCAUCAACAUUGGAUCUUAUGCAGGCUUGAAAGUGUUUCCUCAUGCUACAAUGUACUCUUCAACCAAAGCAUCAAUUAUUCAAUUUUCUAAAUGCUUGGCUGCAGAAAAGUAUAAAAAGAAUGUGAUUAUACAAGCGAUUUGUCCAUUAUGUGUAUCCACAAAUAUGACCAACCAAGUGAAAACCACAUUUUUCACACCAUCUGCUAAAGUCUUUGCUAAAAGUGCAUUGGAUAUGUUUGGCGUUGAACAACAAACUACUGGUUAUAUUCGACAUGAUUUACAAACAUAUCUUUACGAUUUGUUACCGGCAAUAAUUUCUAAACAACUCAUGAAACUAAAAGCCAAUUCACAACGAAAUAAAGCUUGA